AUGAUUCCGGGAUUGAUGUGCCAGGGUGGUGACAUCACAGGCCAUAAUGGCACAGACCACAAGUCCAUCAUCUCUGGGGAGAAAUACGGCGAUGAAAAUUUUACCCCGAAACACAGGGGUCCUGGCAUCUUGUCCUGGCAAAUGCUGGAUCCAACACAAAUGCUUCCCAGAUUUUCAUCAGCACUGCCAAGACGGAGUGGUUGGAUGGCAAGCAAUGUGGUCUUCUCCCACCAGGUGAAAGAUGGCAUGGAUGUCAAGGUAGCCAUGGAGAACUUUGGUCCAGGAAUGGCAAGACCAGAAAGAAGAUCACCAUUGCUGACUGUGGACAAGUCUAGUAAAUUUGACUUGUGUUUCAUGUUCACCACCAGUCUGUCCUUUCUGUAG